AGAUCUAGAUAACUCACUCUCUUCUAAGGCUUCCUUGAGGUUUCAGUAGCCUGGCAUCAGAACUACACCAGGGGCGUGAUGAAUAUUCAAGAUAACUCGUUGCCGGAGGAUAGGCAAGUACCUUCCGUCAAAGAAGACGAUGACGCAUUUGACCUCGAUGACCUUCUGCCUAUUGUCGGGGAAUUUGGAAGGUACCAAAGGCUACUGUUGUGGUUUGUUUGUCUUCCGGCUUGUCUGCCGUGUGGAUUUUGUGCCUUCAAUCAACUCUUCAUGGCCGAUACUCCGCCCCACUGGUGUAAGGUUCCAGGACUUGAGGGACUCGACUCACUGCAAAGAAGACACCUUGCCAUACCCACACAGGAAGACAAUGAGACGUAUAGCCGCUGCAUGCGUUACAACGUGGACUGGAAGACUCCAGAGAUGAUAAUGACAGAGAAUUUUUUGCCAAACUUAUCGUGGACCGUAAUACCCUGUGAUUACGGCUGGGAGUACGAUGAAUCAGACGUAACAUCUUCGAUCGUGGUAGAUUUCGAUUUAGUCUGUGAACAUUCAAUCUACCCUACGAUUGGAUUAGUUGCACUUAACACUGGAGGGCCGAUCGGAGUUUAUUUAUUCGGGAUGUUGAAUGAUAGGAUUGGACGCAGACUGUCUUUUUUCACCUGUCUUGCAACAUUGAUAACUGGAGGGUUUUUGACUUCAAUGGCAAGUUCAUUCUGGACGUGGGCAGCAACUCGUGUCGUCGUGGGACUGACGAUACCAGCAAUAUAUCAAAUACCAUUCAUCAUUUCUCUCGAACUCGUCGGUCCAAAUUACCGGUCCUUUGUCACCGUCAUGACAUGCACUUUCUAUACAAUUGGACUCUGCAUGCUCGCAGGAGUGACCUAUCUAGUCCGAGACUGGAGGCUCUUGGCUUUAACAACAAGCGCUCCGUUUCUUUUAUAUUUCAUAUACUGGUGGUUUCUUCCAGAGUCACCGCGGUGGCUGUUAGCCAAAGGUAGACUUGAAGAGGCUAAUAAAAUUCUUGAAACUUUAGCCAGAGUCAAUGGAAAAGAACUUCCAAUAUCUUUCACACAAAAAUUAAAACAGCGGAUGACCAUGUCUCGCUCCAAGAGUGAAGAGGAACGCUUGCGUAGCGGUCCUAGCGUCUUGGCUCUGUUCAAAACUCCAAAUAUGAGGCUAAAAACUUGUCUGAUCACUCUAAACUGGUUUGCUAACAACAUGGUUUACGUCGGUCUUUCCUAUUACGGCCCAGCCCUUGGUAGCGAGGAACAUUUGAGUUUUCUUUUUUCUUCAUUAGCUGAAAUUCCUAGUUAUAUGGCUUGCUGGGUGGUUAUGGAUCGCUGGGGAAGACGCUGGCCACUGUGUCUCUGCAUGGUUGUUGCUGGAGCUUCUUGUAUAGCAACGGUCCUUCUCCCCCCUGAUGCAGUUACCGCUACGCUGAUACUUUUCCUUUUAUCAAAAUCAGCAAUAUCAGCUUCGUUUCUGAUCAUCUAUCCGUUUGCUGGGGAACUCUACCCGACUCAACUGAGAGGCAUUGCAAUUGGCUUCUCUGCUUAUGUCAGUGGUUUAGGACUUAUUAUUAUCCCUUUCAUAACGUACUUGGGCACAGAGAAUCUUGUCCUACCUCUAAUAAUCUUAGGGGUAGUCGCGAUGAUUGGAGGGCUGUCAGGACUUCGCUUACCAGAGACAUUACACCACCGUCUUCCUCAAACUGUUGAAGAAGGAGAAUUGUUCGGAAGAGAUUGGACAUGCACGGAUUGUAUGAGAUGCAUACCAAAGAAGCCCUUGUCAACAACAACCUCGUAUCAAGAUCUUUCGACUGGUGAGACGGUGGAAAUGAAGCCAAUACCCGAUACAACUUUUCCACCAAUUUCGAAACAAACCUCCGAGGACACCCCUCUCAAUACAAUGAGAGAAUCCCGCGAUUCCCACACUAGCAUGAGAAGGCUUGUUCGACAAUCCAGCGUAAUGGAUACGCAGAGAGAUUCGGACGGAGCUAUGAAAAUGACCUACUGGUUUUAGACAGCAAUUUUUGCACGUAGAGAAUUGAAAACUAAACGUGUGAGUGAAAAACGGCCAGUUUGUAAAGUAGAAUAAUUAUUAAAUAAUUAAAAUAUUACCCGUUUAUCAUCUA